AUAUAUAAUUGCUUAAUAUACAGAAGAGGACGACAAGGCUCUUGGCGAACCUGAUAAACAGUUCUAUAUGGCAGUGGACAUCAGAUCUGUGAAUAAUGACCGUUACCAUGAUCCCGUGUACUAUCCAUUGGAACGAUUUGGUGUCGACUACCGGCUGGAGAUCGCCCAAAUGAAUGAAAUCAGCUUUCUUCUUCCACCUUCACCACCUCUUACGCAAUACGAUGAUUUAAGCGAAAAUCAAUUCUGUACUAAAGAAACAACCUUCAGAACAAAGAACUGCACCGCCGAAUAUUGCGAAUGUACACAGAUUAUUGAGGUCGACCUGGGUGAUGUCGUGGAGUUAAUCGUGGUAAAUGAAGCCUCGAUCAUUCCUCUCAGUCAUCCAAUACAUCUACACGGAUACCACUUUCGAUUUAUCGGAAAAGGGAAGAUUGGAGAUACGACUACGGUUGAAGAGGUGAAAGCAAUGGACAAAGCAGGUAACCUGACUCGCAAAUUACAUGGAGCUGUCAGGAAGGACACGUUUGUAGUUGAUGAUGGUGGAUAUGCGAUCAUAAGGUUCCAUGCAGACAACCCAGGCUGGUGGAUGUUCCAUUGCCAUCUAGUUACCGACUUUAAGCUUGGAAUGGGCGUGCUGAUUAAAGUCGGGGAGCAGUCGGACUUACCGGAGAUACCUCCAAACUUUCCCCGAUGCGGCUCGUUUAAUGGCCAACAGAGGUCCGAGGUAGAUAAUAUCCAAAACAAACCGGGAAGCGCUUCAGCUGCAUUCAUUAGCAUUUAUGUCCUUUUGUUCUUGUUCAUCUGUAUCAAAGUUCUCUAGAUUAGGUCAUAUUGUUUUUUUUAAUACAGCAAAAUUAUGUUUUCGUUUGUUUGGUUGGCAGAAUCACUUGAAUGGAUUUCGAGGAUAAAACAAAUAAAAAACAAAUACAGUUUGUUCUUCCAAGUCAGUUUAAAAGUUCAUAAUGUUAGGCCCUAUAUCAAGCAGUUAUUACAUUUUAAUUUUGUUAUAUAAUGAUAACAUCAAUGCACCGAUGUCAAUCAAUCUAUUGUUUAUUUAGACAAGAUUAUUUGUCCGGUAUGGUUAUUAUUCCAGAAGCCACAGCCAGGCAAAAAAUAACCCAGGAAAAAUGGCCCCGGUAAAAAUGGCCCCAAAUGACAGGUAGGUAAAAAUGGCCCCAAUAAUAAAAUUCUGUACCGUAUUAAAACUGAUUUUUGAAAAA